AUGUACCGGUUACCACAAAUUAUAAGAUUUGAUUACAAUGUUUUUAAAUUGAGCUAUCGUUCUUAUGCCAAAGAUGUGAGAUUUGGUCCUGAUGUCAGAUCUCUUAUGCUUCAAGGCGUGGAUAUUCUGGCAGAUGCUGUGGCAGUCACCAUGGGCCCAAAAGGCCGUAAUGUGAUUCUUGAACAACCGAUGGGACCUCCAAAAAUUACCAAAGAUGGUGUAACCGUAGCCAAAGGAAUAGAAUUGAAAGAUAAAUUUCAAAACGUGGGAGCUAAGCUCGUUCAAAAUGUGGCUAAUAAAACGAAUGAAGAGGCUGGAGAUGGAACUACUACUGCAACAGUAUUAGCAAGAGCCAUAGCCAAGGAAGGCUUUGAAAAUAUUUCUAAGGGAGCCAAUCCAAUAGAAAUAAGGAAAGGAGUUAUGUUAGCUGUAGAAACUGUAAAAAAGAGAUUAAAAGAAAUUUCCAAACCAGUCAACACAACAGAAGAAAUCAUUCAGGUGGCUACAAUAUCAGCAAACGGAGAUGCAGAUAUCGGAAAGCUGAUUGCAGCGGCAAUGAACCGAGUAGGUAAAUCAGGGGUAAUCACAGUUAAAGACGGUAAGACUUUAGACGAUGAACUAGAAAUAAUUGAGGGUAUGAAAUUUGAUCGCGGUUUUGUGUCACCAUAUUUUAUAAAUUCAACUAAAGGACCGAAAGUUGAAUAUAACGACGCAUUAAUCCUGUAUUCUGAGAAAAAAAUAUUUAAUGCUCAGCAGAUAGUCCCAGCUCUAGAAAUCGCCAACGCACACAAAAAACCGCUCAUCAUAAUUGCAGAGGAUUUUGACGGUGAACCUUUAUCAGUAUUAGUAGUCAACAAGUUAAAAGCUGGUUUACCCGUAUGUGCGAUAAAAUCUCCGGGAUUUGGGGAGCAUCGAAAACAUUCCCUAGCUGAUAUGGCUGCUGCUACUGGAGGUAUAGUUUUUGAAGACGAUGCAAAUUUAAUUAGACUUGAAGAUUGUCAGUUAGAAAGUUUUGGCCAAGUCGGAGAAAUAACAAUUACAAAAGAUUCAACCCUUUUACUGAAAGGAAAAGGUGACAUGACGGAAGUAAGACAACGGAUUGAUCAAAUAAAAGAAGAAUUGGAAGCAGUUCCUAGCAACUUCGAUCGAGAACGCCUAAUAGAUAGAUUAGGAAGAUUGCAAAACGGUGUAGCUGUGCUCAAAAUUGGGGGCAGUAAUGAAGUGGAGGUAAAUGAAAAAAAGGAUCGCGUAAAUGAUGCAUUAAAUGCAACAAGGGCUGCCAUUGAAGAAGGGAUUGUACCUGGAGGUGGAGCGGCUCUCCUUCGAUGCAUUCCAGCUCUUAAUCAACUAAAGCCAGUCAACCGAGACCAAGCUAUUGGUAUAAGUAUUGUGAAGAACGCCCUUCGUACACCUUGCAUAACGAUUGCUUCUAAUGCUGGAUAUGAUGGAUCAGUUGUAGUCUCCAAAGUGGAAGACUUGGGCCCCGACUUUGGAUAUGACGCUUUAAACAAUGAAUACGUUAAUAUGAUUGAAAGAGGUAUAAUAGAUCCUACUAAAGUUGUAAGAAGGGCUUUGACCGAUGCCAGUGGUGUUGCGUCACUAUUAACUACAGCAGAGGCAGUUAUUUGUGAGGCAGUCUAUCCAAGAAAGAACCUAGCGCGUGAAACGGCAAAUGGCCUUGACUAUUAUACAGAGUACUAG